CUGCGCGCUCCUGUAUUUCCAAAGGGAGCAGAAAUAAGAGUUCAGUGUAAGUGGUCUCAUCUGCUGUGCUGAGUGUUAAUCGUUUCGUGGUGUUGUAAAUUGCAGUGAACCUGAGGACCACUCCUGGCUGUGGUUUGGCCACUUCCCAGGACUCCUGCUCUUCGGUUCAGCUGCGCGCAGCGUGCCGUUCAUGCAGAGCGAGCGGAGCGCACGUCUCAUCCGCGUCCUCCUCCUCCUCCUCUCUCUCAUUGUCAUCAGGAUGGAUCUGCCCCGCUAGCUGCUCAGAAGUCUCACUUCAGCAGCUGGCAAGUUUUCGCUUUGCACGGAGAUCUGAAGGAGUUCUCUGGCAUUUCUUUUUCUUUUCGCAUCUCAACGCAUCAACUUGAUCGCACAGAAUGAACGCUCCAGGACUACAUCCAGGCGCAAUGCUCCUGUUGUGCUUCAUUUCCUCCGCUGCCUGCACUUCACUGGCUUUCACCGAGGAGCCUUUCGAGAGAGCUGGGAAAGCGGACGGCUACUGUAGUCGGAUACUCCGGGCUCAGAGCAAUCGGAAGGAGAGCAACAACGAGUUUCGCCUCCGCGUUGAAGGAGAUCCGGACAGCUACCAGCCGGGGAGCACAUACAGAGUGACUGUGUUUGCAUCCAGCCCCUCUUACUUCAGAGGAUUCACUCUUAUUGCUCUGAAAGAGGGCACAGAAGGAGACAAAGAGGAGGACUACGCUGGGAAUUUCCAGAUAAUCGAUGAGGAUGAGACCCAGUUUAUGACCAACUGUCCCCAUGCAGUGACAGAGAGCACUCCUCGCCGGAGAAACAACAUUCAAGUGUUUUGGACAGCACCUCCUAUUGGUUCUGGAUGCAUUCUUCUCAAGGCUAGCAUUGUGCAGAAGAAGAUAAUCUUUUUCCAGGAUGAAGGCCCCCUCACCAAGCAAAUGUGUGAGAAAGAGUCACUCUAUGGAGAUGCAACAGAUAAACCGCCGCUGGAUUGUUGUGCCUGUGGCACAGCAAAAUACAGGGUCACCUUCUAUGGGAACUGGUCAGAGAAGAUUCAUCCCAAAGAUUAUCCCCGGCGUGCCAACCACUGGUCGGCCAUAAUUGGGGCGUCCCAUUCUAAGAAUUACGUUCUGUGGGAAUAUGGAGGUUCAGCCAGUGAAGGAGUCAAACAGGUAGCUGAGCUGGGCUCUCCAGUUAAAAUGGAGGAAGAGAUCAGACAGAAGGGGGAUGAAGUCCUGACAGUCAUCAAAAUGAAAGCUCAGUGGCCAGCCUGGCAGCCACUGAAUGUGCGCGCAGCCCCUUCAGCUGAGUUCUCAGUGGAUCGGAUCCGUCAUUUAAUGUCCUUCCUGACCAUGAUGGGACCCAGUCCGGACUGGAACGUGGGUCUGUCUGCAGAGAACUUGUGUACCAAGGAGUGUGGUUGGGUCCAGAAAGUGGUCCAGGACCUGAUCCCGUGGGAUGCGGGUACCGAUAGUGGAGUGUCUUAUGAGUCUUCCAACAAGCCAACUGCACCCCAGGAAAAGAUUCGCCCCUUGACCAGUCUGGAUCACCCACAGAGUCCAUUUUAUGAUCCCGAGGGAGGGGCCAUCACUCCUGUCGCCAGGGUGGUAGUGGAGCGGAUUGCAAGAAAGGGAGAGCAGUGCAACAUAGUUCCAGAUAAUGUGGACGACAUUGUUGCCGAUAUUGCCCAGGAGGAAAAAGAGGAAGAUGACACUCCAGAAACAUGCAUAUACUCCAACUGGUCUCCGUGGUCUGCCUGCAGCUCAGCCACUUGUGAAAAGGGCAAGCGGAUGAGGCAGAGGAUGCUGAAGGCCCAACUGGACCUGAGUGUUCCCUGCCCACACACUCAGGAUUUUGAGCCCUGUAUGGGGCCAGGAUGCAGUGAUGAGGACGGUUCCACCUGUAUGAUGUCAGAGUGGAUCACCUGGUCUCCAUGCAGUAUGUCCUGUGGGGCAGGUAUACGUUCCCGGGAGCGUUACGUCAAACAAUUCCCCGAGGAUGGCUCUAUCUGCACGUUGCCCACCGAAGAGACUGAGAACUGCGUGGUCAACGAGGACUGCACCCCAAGCAGUUGCUUGGUUACAGAGUGGGGAGAAUGGGAUGCUUGCAGUGCCACCUGUGGUCUUGGCAUGAAGCGGAGAGAGCGCAUGGUGAAGAUGCCUCCUGCAGAUGGCUCCAUUUGUGGGGCAGAGGUUCUGGAAGUGGAGAAGUGCAUGAUGCCAGAAUGUCAUACAAUCCCAUGUCUGCUGACUCCAUGGUCUGAAUGGAGCGACUGCAGCGUAACAUGUGGAAAAGGUUCCAGAACAAGACAUCGUGUGCUCAAGUCACCUUUGGAGCUGGGGGAGUGUACGGAAGAGUUGGAACAAGUAGAAAAGUGCAUGUUGCCAGAAUGUCCUAUAGACUGUGCCAUGUCAGACUGGACAGAGUGGUCAGAGUGCAAUAAAUCUUGUGGGAAGGGUCACACAAUCCGAACACGCGCAGUCACAAUGGAACCUCAGUUUGGUGGAGAUCCCUGUCCUGAAACCAUCCAGAGGAAGAAAUGUAAGGUUAGAAAGUGCAGCCGCGGCCAGGGCAACAAUGACGAAAAGAAACGACGCAAGGAACAGCGUGAAAAACGGAGAAGCAAACAGGUCAAAACUGAGGUCACCUCUGAGCAUCCAGGGUGCAAAAUGAGGCCAUGGUCGAGCUGGACAGAGUGUACCAAACAGUGCGGUGGAGGGAUUCAAGAGCGGCUCAUGACAGUAAAGCAAAAGUUUAAGACUGCCCAGCUGUCCAGUUGCAAAGAAAGGAAGGAGAUCAGGGCUUGCAAUGUGCAUCCCUGCUAGAAAGAAGUAAAGAAUCAGGGUGGAGCUGAGGAGAGGGAUGGCAGUGGCACUUAGAAGAUUUACGGGACACUUUCUCGCAACAAUGCACUCCUCUUAGGGCUGAAAUUCAAGUUCCUGAACCUCUAAGUCCAGACUUGGUUUGGAUGCCGUUCAACAAAAGAUGAACUUUAUGAUCUGCCUGCAAAACUCUGGAUUAAAAAAGUAAAGGAUUGCGCUGCUUUGAAACCAGCUCUGACAUGCACACCACUUUCUGCAGCAUAACUGUAAUAUUGAUGUGGUAUGAUAACUAUAAUUAUGAAACAUAAAGUUGCGGCUAAGAUUAAUAGCCAUUAUCUCUUGUGGUAUCCUUCAGUAGUACAAUAUAAUCCACACUUCAAAGCACAGAUACCCAACCAUUCCAGUGUUUUAUAUGCCUUUAAUGGUUUAGUCGUUUGUAGGACACAAAAUGCAAGAUUGAAUUUUUUUACCCGGCUCUGUUGGUGUACAUGUAGAUGACUGACAUCUAUAUGUUUGGAACAUUGUUAGAAGAUGUGUUAAUUUCUGUGUAUUUUGUUUUUAUAAAAAUGUGUCAAAAGAUUUUUACCAAAGUCUUGUGUAGAUGUUUUCUAGAUGUAUGCCCUUCUGUUUCUUUAUAUCCCCUAACGUAUUAAUAUUUUGGGAUAUUUUCAAGUUUGCAAUUAAAUUAAACGUGACAUCUGACCUCAA